AUGAUGCGACCGAGUGAGCUUAGCUCCAUUUGUCAUCCUUAUCUUUCCCCCAUCCCCACAUAUGCUUGGACUCAUCGCAUUUCCCCUCGAAAUCGUCCCUUGUCCACUCCCAUCACUUGGCCUCGUACUUUGUUGUCUCUACUUGGAAUGUCGACUUCAAUUGAAAGCGAGCGCGCCGCCUACCUUCUGGACGCGCAGAACAAAGCGGUGCAACUUUUCGAAGAAAUUGAACGAGACCUGAUUCGGCCCGGCGUGAGUGAAAAGGCUCUCAGCACUGCGAUCCAUGAGCUCGGAGCCAAACGCCAUGGAGUCCGCACCCACUGGCAUAAGCGCGUCGUCCGCAGCGGACCAAACACCUUGAGUCCCUUUGCCGAGAACCCUCCGGAUCGCAUCAUUCAACCAGACGACAUACUGGUGGUGGACCUCGGUCCGGUCUUCGAGGAAUGGGAAGCCGACUUCGGGCGCACAUACGUGCUUGGGGAUGACCCCGCAAAGCUGAAACUGCGCGAUGCUCUGGACCCCAUAUGGCACACAGUCAAGCGACGGUUUCGAGAAAACCCGGAUAUGACGGCGGAAGAAUUGUAUGCCAUUGCCUGCCAGGAGGUCCAACAAGCUGGGUGGGAUUUCGGUGCUCCCAUUGCAGGCCACCUGGUCGGGUCGUUUCCGCAUGAGAGAAUUCCGAAUGAUAAAAUCAGUUUAUAUAUCGCGCAAGGCAAUGGGGAUAAGAUGAUGGUUCCGGGCCGUGAUGGACACAUGCGGCACUGGAUUCUGGAGAUCCACAUCCACGAUCGGGCGCGUGGAUUUGGGGGGUUCUGUGAGCAGUUAUUGACGAACGCUAGAGAUUUCAGAACGUUUAAUCGCGUUUACAUAUUCAGUCUUAUCGAACUUCAAUGUAUUACUAGUAGAGAGGACGAUAGUAAUUCUAUCAAUUUCCCUCUUCCCCCUAAACCAUGGGACCAGUAUUUAUUCCACUGCAACCCAUGCCAAGGUGUUAAGACAUCCACCCGCUACGAGCCAAGGCCAAGUGCCAAGGGUGGAUUUCCGCCUGUCGUCCAAUCUCCGCCAUCAGUGCCCUCUAAAUCCCCGUCUUGCCCAGAAUCAGAUGUGCCUGGUCUGAAUGUUUAUCGAACCUCGGGCACUGGUGGCUAUACAUCUGCCCCUUUCCACCCAAUUGGAGACAUGUUAGUCAGGUACAUUGUUUCUGUUGCGACGCGCGAGAAUUCAAUGGUUUUGUCGGGCCAGUUUUGGACAACCGUGAAGGUGCCCUAUUUAUUUGUAAUUACCUUUCUUGUCUUCUCCUUGGCAAGAUUGGCAUUGGCUAAGAUGAUCCAAACAGACAUUCUUGGCUACGUUACUGUUAGUCAUGUUUCUUCUUCAGGGACUGUUGAUUGUGACGAUUUGGUUCACCACACCGCGUAUGGUUUCAUCCAAUUAUCCGGCAAAAGGUCAACAGAAUACUUAGCUAUUGGGGGCUGCAAGAUACGUACCAUAUGA